AUGACGCGCGAAAUCCAAAUCGUUCUCUUCUUAGUGGUAUUAUGCACUGUGUGUGUAGCAAAGAAUGAUCGUGAAAGUGACGUGGUGAGAACGAAAAAUGGUCGUGUACGUGGUGUGAUAAAGCAAACAGUUUGGAAUAAGAUAGAAUAUUCUAGUUUCAUGGGGAUCCCUUACGCGAAACCGCCUCUUGGACAUUUGAGAUUUAAGCCUCCAGUUCCAGUGGGCUCAUGGAGGAGGACCCUGGCAGCUGUCAAAGAGGGUGAUGCCUGUCCCCAGAUUGACUUGUUCACAAACGAAUACAUUGGGAACGAGGACUGUUUGUACUUGAAUGUGUUCACUCCUCAGUUCAGACCACGAUCAACCCUGAAACCUGUGAUGACUUGGAUAUACGGAGGAUCCUUUAUGUUGGGAUACAGCAACAUGUCCCUUUACGGGCCUGACUUCUUCAUAGAAGAGGACGUUGUCCUGGUCAGCUUCAAUUAUCGCAUCGGUGCUCUCGGAUUUCUAUCGCUGAACCAUUCUGAUGCUCUGGGCAAUGGAGGUCUGAAGGAUCAGAAUCUGGCACUGCGAUGGGUGCGGAAUAACAUCGCUGCGUUUGGGGGCGAUCCAAACCAGGUGACGAUCUUCGGUCAAAGUGCUGGCGCUGCAUCCGUUGGAUUGCACGUGUUGUCAGAAAAAUCGAGAGGUCUCUUUAAGCAAUCGAUCCUUAUGAGUGGUUCACCUUUGUGUCAGUGGGCUUUUCAUUCUCCAAGGAAAGCUCGUAUGAAUUCUGAAAGACUUGGCCAUUUACUUGGUCAUAAAGCAACAAACACGGACGAUCUGGUGGAGUUCCUUUAUCAAAUACCUGCAAGAGAUAUUGUACACGCGAUGAUGAAGGUGGACCUGUAUUCCACCCUGUAUUUUAAACACUUCCAGGGUCUGCUGCCAUACCGACCAACGAUAGAGAAUUCUGAGAUUGCACCCGAAGAGAGUACAUUCUUGAUUAAAUGUCCCAUAGAAAAAUAUCUGUCAGGGAAUUACACACCGAAUUCUAUGAUGUUGGGUUACACUCACGACGAAUCGCUUUUGUUCUUUGAGUGUGAGUACUAUGAAAAUAUACGUGGAGCGCCAAACCCAACGGAAACAACCAGAAAAUUGAUCCGCGAAGUAACCGGCAUCAACGGUGUCUGGGACAAAAUACUCGCGAAUCUGACGGAAGAAGCUAUGGAAUCGAUUCCUAAUCCGUACUUAGAGGACUUAUUGAAGAUAAUCACCAAUAUCUUCUUCGCGGCUCCCAUCGAUCUAACACAGAAACUGUUGUCGAAAUGGAACCACGAUCAUCCCAUUUAUUACUAUCGACUGUCGUACCAAUCGAAGUACAGUUAUCUGAAAACAAAGAUACAGGGAACCGCCCACACGGAUGACAUAGGAUUUCUGUUCAAUGUCAAAGAGAUGAUCACUCCUACCGAUCUGAAUGAUCCUUUUAAUGUGUUCCGGAAGAAGAUGGUUUCCUUGUGGGCCAAUUUCGCUAAAUACGGGAACCCAACGCCGAAAUUGUCAAACGACAAUGUAUUCGACGUGACCUGGUUGGACAGCACGAAUUCCGGAAUGCAAUUGGAGAUCAACGAGACUUCUGUAAUGAAGCAGCGUUUGGUCGAUAAAUUGACUGAGGUUUAUGAGAAUCAUCUGCUUACUGUAUCUCCGACAAAAUAUUCCUGCGGAUCGACAUCGACCGGCAGUUUGAGCAUCUUUUAA